CCACCGACAGGGAGCGGAUAAUUGGCGGAGAGCUCAUUUGCAUGCUGAAUGCGGUGGAUAUUUAUUUAAAUUUAAUUUCGUUCCCGCACACGGUGCUCUGCGGGCUUUUGUGCCAAAGUCAUAUUAACCCCACGACUACUUAAUAUGCGCCGCACGACGUGGCCCACGUGCCAUGAAUAUUCAUACAUGGCGGGUUUUUUUUUUUCUUUCUUUUCUUUCCGGUGUCGUCUGUGCGGCUCUCCGCUCCCUCCCGUCCUCCCGGUGUAACGUAACGCCGUGAUGGAGGCCGUUCUGAACGCUCCCCGGAAGGCUGCGCCGCCAAAGUCGCGCUGGUUUCCGCAAAGUGUCAGAAAGUGCGCAGGGCUGCUCCUGGUGUACGCGUCGCUCCUGGCCGCUGACACGAUGGCAGAUAAGACUGCGCUGCCGAGCAGGGAGCGGGCAAUGAAGGGGAGGGAGGAGAAAAUGGUCGUAGCAGACAAGCAUGCAGUCAACGGGAAUCCCACUGUGGAGCCUUUUCCAGACGGCAUGGAAACCAUCAUGUUUGGAAUGGGCUGUUUCUGGGGAGCUGAGAAACUGUUCUGGCGGCUUCCAGGAGUCUUCUCCACCCAGGUGGGCUUCGCCGGGGGCUUCACACCCAACCCGACCUACAAUGAAGUCUGCACAGGUCUGACAGCCCACACGGAGGUGGUGAGGGUGGUCUUCUCCCCUCAAGACGUCAGCCUUGAGGAGCUCCUCAGACACUUUUGGGAGAACCACGAUCCGACACAAGGUAUGAAGCAGCACAAUGACAACGGUACUCAGUAUCGUUCUGCCAUCUAUACAUCCAGCCCUGCUCAACAGGAGGCUGCACUGAAGAGCAAAGAGGCCUUCCAGAAGGAACUGGAGAAGAAAGGCUAUGGCCCGAUCACCACUGAGAUCCUGGAGGGCCAGCAGUUUUUCUACGCCGAGGAUUACCACCAGCAGUACCUGAAGAAGGUGCCCAAAGGCUACUGUGGCCUUAAAGGCACCGGGGUCUCUUGUCCCCUCGGCGGCAGCAAGGAGGAGCUGUGAGGGCCGUCUGCACACAAAAUCAGGCAGAACGUUAAAACACUCAUGAUCAGAAGUAGGAAAUUGUUGAUUUGCAUCAGCAAAAAAGCAAUGAAGUGAAACAGCAUCCCUAGAAAUAAAAAGUAAUAAUAAUACAAAUAAAAUAUAGGAAAUAUGCAUGAUAAAUAUCAUGAUAAUUUUGUCAUUUGUGUAAAAAUGACAACCUAAGACUGAACAAUUGACAGAAAAAAUAAAACAAUGGAACAAAGUAAAUGAAAAUAAAUACUUAAAGUAGAAAAAGUGGAGUUUUGUAGAGGAGGAAGUGGAGUUAGUGGCAGAAUUAGAUUAAAUGUCUGUAGCAACAGAAAAUAAAGACGUGAACUCAACAGAGGGUAAAUCAACGAAAUACAGGUAAAGCUCACCAAUAUCAAUGCUUAUUUACUCUUUAUUAAUGCUUGCAUUUACUAACUGGAAAA